UCCUCUCUAAUGCUAGUGGUUUCUUUUCUCUCUCUCUCUCUCUCUCUCUCUCUCUCUCUCUCUCAACCUAACCCAACAAUUUUCUCUCUCCCUCUCUCUCUCUAAUUUUUCUUUCUUUUUUUCUCAUCAUCUGGGUCUGUUUGGAUUUGGGUCUUCCCUUAAUCUUAUUCCAGAUCCGUGUAUCUAUAGUCUGUAUCUAUCUCUGUCUCUAUACAUGUUAACAGCUAAACAAAGAGGGUAAGUAAAAAAAACUUUUAGGUUUUAGUAUGGGGAGAGAUGGACAAAGAAAUUAGUACUACCCAAGAUCAUCAUCCUACCCCAUCUCCAUCUCUCCUCCUUCCAAACUCCAUUAAAGAAGAUCUUUCUCCAAGAAAACCCUUUUCAUCUUCUGCAACUUCCGGUGCUGAUCGUCUCAAAAGAGAUGAAUGGAGUGAAGGUGCCGUCUCUUGCUUGCUCGAAGCUUAUGAAAACAAAUGGGUUCUUCGUAAUCGAGCCAAGCUCAAAGGCCAUGACUGGGAAGACGUUGCUCGUUACGUCUCUGCUCGGGCUAACUCCACCAAGUCUCCCAAAACGCAGACUCAGUGUAAGAACAAGAUUGAGUCUAUGAAAAAACGGUACCGUUCUGAGUCUGCCACCCCAGAUGGGUCAUCUUGGCCUUUGUAUUCACGGCUUGAUCUUUUGUUACGUGGAACUGCUCCGCCGCAGCCUCCGCCUCCUCCGAUUUCGUCUCAUCCGGCGCAAGCGGCACCGGCUCCUGCUUUGACGAGCCCUCCGUUGGUAGUUCUGGAACCAUCGGCUCAGGUGGUGGUGGUGUCCCAGUCGCCGGCACUUCCGCCUACUCCAGCUCCGCCGCCGGCGCCGGUCGUCGGAAAUGCUCAGAACUCUCAUGGGUCUAAUGGGUUUGAUAGAUUGGCCAAGGAAGAUGGAGAUGGAACGAAAUUCUCGGACCAUGAACCAGACAAGAUAGCCAUGGAAACAGACAGCAGCACGCCUGCGCUGUACAGCGACAAGGAAAAGCUGAGAUCAAAGAAGCUGAAAAUGAAGCUUGAGAAGAAAAAACGUCGAAGAAAAGAAGAGUGGGAGAUUGCGGAAAGCAUUAGAUGGCUAGCGGAAGUUGUUGUGAGAUCGGAACAAGCAAGAAUGGAGACAAUGAAGGAGAUCGAAAAAAUGAGGGCGGAAGCAGAAGCGAAACGGGGGGAGAUGGAUUUAAAACGAACCGAGAUCAUCGCCAGCACCCAAUUGGAGAUUGCCAAGAUAUUUGCAGCUACAAGUAAAGGUAGUGUUGAUUCAUCAUUAAGAAUUGGAAGAAGUUAAUGAUGA